UGACUGUAUGUGUGUCCGCCCGGAACCGGAAGUGGUUGUGGAGGAGCGGGCGAUGGGGAGGAAUCGGGGGGGUUUAGGGGGCGGGUGCCUGUCUGGUGGGUGGCAGAGUUCAGCUCCCUGGAGGGGAAGGAGGGACGUCCCAAGAAAGGGUCUUUGAGGAAGGAGUGGGGGGCAACAUCAGGAGAAGGCUACCAGGGGCGGUCUCAGGGGAACGAAGGUUUUGGGGGUACAACAGGGGUCUCCAAUAGAAGACCACUGUGCAGGCUGAGGGAGGUACUUCUUGGCACAAGGCCUUAGGUAGGCAGGGGGUGAAGUCCUCCAAGAAGUAGGGGGGAGGCUAGAGGAAGUAGCCGGGCCUGAACUGGCACUGUGCCUGACACAAUGGCUUGUGCAUCCCCCUCAGCCCUCAGCUUUGCCUUCUGAAGCCACUCCUCAGGGGCAGAGACCCUCUUUCUCCUCCAACUCUUCUAUUAUCUGACCCCUGGUUACCUGUGGCCUGGGAAGGAAGAAGAACCAGUGUCUGAGCCUAGGAGUGGAACCCAAAGGCCGGUGAUAGAGUUCAUCUUAGUUUCUGGGAAGUGGAUUUAUUUCCCUUAUAUCCACAUAGAGGGUGGCACUAGAUUCCUGUUAUUAUAUCCUUCCAUCUUUGGAUUGUUGGUUGGGGGUCUGCGUGCCUUCCAGAGUGACUGCUGACAGUCAAAGAAUUCCUGGGGUUCUCCACAGCAGUCUGGUGACUGCACCCUUACUGCUUCCUGUAACCUAGACAAUUUGUUUACAGAAAGUUCAGGAGCCCUGGAAAGGAGAAAGAAUAAGACGACAGGAGGAAGAGAGAGAGAGGGUAGAAUGGAAGAAUCUCACUUCAAUUCUAACCCGUACUUCUGGCCUUCUAUCCCCACAGUCUCAGGACAGAUUGAGAAUACAAUGUUCAUCAACAAGAUGAAGGAUCAGCUGUUGCCAGAGAAGGGCUGUGGGCUGGCGCCACCUCACUACCCCACCUUGCUGACAGUGCCUGCCUCAGUGUCCCUGCCCUCAGGCAUCAGUAUGGACACAGAAUCCAAAUCAGACCAGCUGACCCCACACAGCCAGGCUUCCGUCACCCAGAAUAUCACGGUGGUCCCUGUGCCAUCAACAGGACUGAUGACUGCUGGAGUCUCCUGUUCUCAGAGGUGGAGAAGAGAAGGGAGUCAAUCAAGGGGUCCAGGUUUGGUAAUCACGUCCCCCUCAGGCUCUCUUGUGACCACAGCCUCAUCAGCUCAGACCUUCCCCAUUUCGGCUCCCAUGAUUGUCUCAGCUCUUCCCCCUGGCUCACAAGCCCUGCAGGUGGUCCCUGACCUCUCCAAGAAGGUAGCAUCGACCCUAACAGAGGAAGGAGGCGGAGGUGGUGGUGGAGGUGGCAGUGUGGCUCCUAAACCCCCGCGGGGUCGAAAGAAGAAGCGGAUGCUGGAGUCAGGGCUGCCUGAGAUGAAUGAUCCGUAUGUCCUCUCCCCUGAGGAUGACGAUGACCAUCAAAAAGACAGCAAGACCUACAGGUGCCGGAUGUGCUCACUGACAUUCUACUCAAAGUCGGAGAUGCAGAUCCACUCCAAGUCACACACCGAGACCAAGCCCCACAAGUGCCCACAUUGUUCCAAGACCUUCGCCAACAGCUCCUACCUGGCCCAGCACAUCCGUAUACACUCAGGGGCUAAGCCCUACAGUUGUAACUUCUGUGAGAAAUCCUUCCGCCAGCUCUCCCACCUUCAGCAGCACACCCGGAUUCACUCCAAGAUGCACACGGAGACCAUCAAGCCCCACAAGUGCCCGCACUGCUCCAAGACCUUCGCCAACACCUCCUACCUGGCCCAGCACCUCCGUAUCCACUCGGGGGCCAAGCCCUACAACUGUUCCUACUGCCAGAAGGCCUUCCGCCAGCUCUCCCACCUCCAGCAGCACACACGAAUCCACACUGGUGAUAGACCAUACAAAUGUGCACACCCAGGCUGUGAGAAAGCCUUCACCCAACUCUCCAAUCUGCAGUCCCACAGACGGCAACACAACAAAGAUAAACCCUUCAAGUGCCACAACUGUCAUCGGGCGUACACAGAUGGAGCCUCACUAGAGGUGCACCUAUCUACGCAUACGGUGAAGCAUGCCAAGGUGUACACCUGCACUAUCUGCAGUCGGGCAUAUACGUCGGAAACAUACCUUAUGAAACAUAUGCGCAAACACAACCCUCCUGAUCUCCAGCAGCAAGUGCAGGCAGCAGCAGCAGCGGCAGCAGUGGCCCAGGCUCAAGCUCAAGCUCAGGCGCAGGCGCAGGCCCAGGCUCAGGCACAGGCCCAAGCCCAAGCCCAAGCCCAGGCCCAGGCCCAGGCCUCCCAGGCAUCGCAGCAGCAACAGCAGCAGCAGCAGCAGCAGCAGCCACCACACUUCCAGUCUCCUGGGGCAGCCCCCCAGGGUGGAGGGGGUGGGGACAGCAACCCCAACCCUCCACCUCAGUGUUCCUUUGACCUGACCCCCUAUAAGACGGCGGAGCAUCAUAAGGACAUCUGCCUCACUGUCACCACCAGCACCAUCCAGGUGGAGCACCUGGCCAGCUCUUAGAGAUCCGUGCUGCCACCCACUGGGAAGAGGAGAAAGAAGUUCUGGUCCCUCCUUUCUCCAACUCUUGGUGGGAAAAGUCCUCUUCCUUGACAAGCCUUGGCUCCAUUUCCGUGAGCCUCAGGCAUGGAUACCAUCCUUCUCAACUCCUCUUCAAAGGAACCUCAGCCCUCCUGAUUGGCAAAGGAAUACUGAGCUGAUGGUGUCAUCCAGCAGCCUCCCCUCCCAAGCAGAGCUUUUAAAAUCAGGGGUUGGUGCUCAAGGGAAGGAUUUGCUAUGACCUCAUAGAAACUUGUCCAAUGUGGACACUUACCCUAUCCUUAACCUCCACAUCCUCAAAGUUUGGGCUGAUAGAAGACUAGAGGCUGGCCCUCCCAGAUUACAGAAAAAGGGGGUCCUAAAUGCAACCAGCCUUCUGUUCUGUUCUUGCCUGCAAAAGAACAGAGGUUUCUAAUGUGCUCCAACCCCUGAGAGCCAUUUUAUUCUUCUACGUGGUCUCAAUUCACUUCCUGCCUACUGCUGGUAGAAGAUUUGGGUAGGGAUUCGACCUCCUUUUAUUUGUAAGGAGGCAAGGGCUGACAUGUGGUCCCCAAGGGGCCAGAGAUUCCCAAGGUGGUUAGUGUGGCUUAGAAGUGUGGGUUAUGGUUUUCCUUGGAGCCUCUGUCCACCUUCUCUGCCAGCCAAGGUCCUAUACUCUCAGCCUCCCAACCCAACCCCCAAGGAGCUGUGGGAGCUUUGUUCUCUAUGAAACCCCAAAACAAGGGGUGUGACAGAGAAGAGAGAGUUCAGGGCAAACACCAGGACUGGACUUAGCUCCCUAGGUGCCACGGUCAGAUGCCGGACACGGAUUUAUAUAUAAAUAUAUAUAUAAAUAUAUAUAUAUAUAUACCCUCUCAUCACGGCCAUCUUUGUUGUAACCAUUUCUGUGUUUAUAAAUGCAUUAUCUCUGAGAAUUUUCAUA